CCUCCUUCCCGGACAGGUGGGAGGCGGGGAAGCUGGGUGGCUCGAGGCAGACAAGUCUAACCAUCCUUCCAAAACCUAGUGCACGGUCACCCGGCCUGGCCACUUUCCGUCCGAACCUGAGCAGAGGCUUCUUACGAGGUUAAGGCCAUGGCAGCGGAGAAGGGCUGUCUCAACCUCACCAAAUAUUUCCUCUUUGUCUUCAACGUCUUCUUCUUCGUUCUGGGCAGCCUGGUAUUCUGUUUUGGCCUCUGGAUUCUCAUCGACAAGAACAGCUUUGCCUCUUUCCUGGGCCUGUCCUUUACACCGCUGAAGGUAUGGUCCUACGCCCUGGCCAUCUCUGGGGUCCUCACGGGCCUCCUAUCCCUCCUAGGAUGUCUUGGAGCUCUCAAAGAGAUUCGGUGCCUCCUUGGCCUUUACUUUAGUCUUCUGCUGCUCCUGUUCACCACCCAGAUCACAAUAGGAGUCCUCAUCUACACCCAGCACGGCCUUCUGGAGCGGAAGGUGAAGGACAUCGUGCUGGACGUUAUCGAGAAUUACCACAAGUACCCGGAUGCUUACAGCACGGCUGAGAACUGGGAUUUUGUGCAGUUCCAGCUUCGCUGCUGCGGCUGGACCUCCCCCCGGGACUGGCUGCUGGCGUCUUCCCUGAGGCCCAAUGACUCGACCCCCAGCGGCAGCGGCAGAGCCUCCACUUCCUCCCCGGCCCAGAGCAGCGACUUCUUGCCCUCGACCCAGACACCUGGGUCGGUUCCGCGUGUGCCCUGCUCCUGCCAGAACACUUCGAUGAUAAUAUCCCUACCCUUGAGCCCUGCGGACUCCCCUAGAGUCAGCCAGCCUCCACCUGGCCCUGGGGUUCGGGCCGCCGUGGUCUCUGCUCCAGGCAUGCCCGUGGUCCUGACGGGUCCUGGCAGCCCCGGGAACCCUGCCCGACUGCGCUCCGGAGAGUUAUGCUUGAUGACGGCAGACAGCGGGGUCUACCAGGAGGGCUGCUCUCACAGCAUCUACACGUGGCUGCACAACAACCUCAUCUCCAUCGUGGGCGUCAGCCUGGGCCUAGGGCUGCUUGAGCUCGGGGUCAUGUCGCUCUCGAUGUUCCUCUGCAGGAACCUGGAUCACGUCUACAACAAGCUCUCGCGAUACUCUUAGACAACCCCACCCCCACCCCCGCCCUACGCCGCCUGAGACCCCGAGUCCUGCCCUCGGGACCCUCUCACUUUGCUCCUCUCCCUCAUACGGCUCUCCUCCAGGGGCCCCUGGAGUCCUGCCCCGAAGCUGCGGCUUCUGGUUCCCUAGCAUUCCUCUCUCUUCCGGGGCCAGCCAGGUCCUUUCCUUUAGCAUCCUAGGAGGGUUCCUGGGCAUCGAGCCCACCUCUUCGCAAGGAUCCUCUAGUAUCCGAUCUUUGAGGGCCACCCCAAUAUUCUAGCCCCGGCAGGGUCGGGAGGUGGUGACUCAGGGUGUCCUAGCUUAGCGGUUCCAUCCCUUGAUCCCAGUCUCUUGUGCUCCAGGAACCCUGAUGUCUGAGCCCCAGAACCCUCUUCUCUACCACCUCCCUUAGCAUCCUAGCCCCCUCUCCUCCUCCUCCAGUGUCCUUUUCUUUCUCCAGGGAUUUUAGUGUCCACCAUAGACCCCCCCCCACCCAUCUUCUUGCUCUGGUUGAAAGGGGCCUGAAUACUCUGUCCCCCCGCCCCAGUCCUUUUGUUUCUCCUGGGGAAGCUAGCCUCUUAUCCCCAAGUCUUUUCUCCUCUACUCUGGGAUUCUGACAUCCUACUCUCAAGUUCUUUCUCCUAGUCUUCUCCCUUUGUUGUGUUCUGUCUCCCUCUGCUCCUUUUCUACUUUCAGGGACCCCACUGUGUUCUGUCUACCCCAGGUCCCAGGGACACCAGUGCCUUGUCCUCCAGUACCUUGAACUUCCUGAGACUCCCAACAUAUUGUCACACAACUCAGUUUCUUUCUUUCUCAUCCAUAUUCCUUUUCAAUUCCCUUUCUGUCCAAUGAACCUUGAGAUCUGGGUAAGAAAUAAAAAUCAUUUAAU